GUUUCAAAGCCAUGGAUAAUUAGAUGCAUGGCGUUCACAGAAAGCGUUGGCGGCGUACCUACCAUUACACCAGCUUCGAUCAGUAGCCCUGUUGAACCAAAUGUACCAGCAGUCCAUCCAGCACGAUGCAACUUGUGUCUGAAGAGCAUUGUUGGCAUCAGGCACAAAUGCUGUGCAUGUCCUGACUUUGAUUCCUGUGAAAGUUGCUUCUCACGAAUUUCCACUGCUCACCCCUUACACCGCUUCGUCCACGUUAAGGACCCAAAGGAUCUAAUGCCUCCUCAAAAGAAGUCUGAUAGUCCCCACGGGAUCUCUUGUAACAAUUGCCAACGCCCCAUCACCGGUAUCCGAUACAAGUGCAUGACAUGCGAGAACCCCGUCAAUUUUUGCGAAAAUUGCGAAGCAUCCCCCGUCCCCGUCCAUCCAACCUCACAUCCACUUGCCAAGUUUAAGGAAGUUUCCUCCGGGAAUGAUGGCUUCACGUCGGUUACCACUCGCAUGCUCAAGAAGGAUCGAACGACCUCGAACCGAACACAGCCGCUCACUGAAUCAAAUCUUGAUAGAUGGAAUACAAAUCGUGCGGUGCCGUCUCCUCCGCGUCGUCGAGUUCCAUCCGAGUCGGAUACGCGGAGCACAGUUACGAAUACUACGAACACUACGAACACCACCACUCGUAGAUCAGCACUGACGGAGGAACCGGAUCAAUGCCCCGUAUGCUUCGAGGAACGGAAAGGUCAGAUGGUCGCCGGAUCAUCCUGCGGGCACAUGCUUUGUCGAGACUGUCAGAACGAUGUACUGGCGGUUGCGAAGUCGACUGGUGAUAAGCCGAGGUGCUAUUCCUGUCGACGGUUAUAUGACUGAGGGGCUUCAUGUUUAUGAUUGUAUCGGCUUUGCCUUGUGUUUCGCUUUUGGAUUCAAAUUUGACUAUGCAUGCGACUUCGUAUACGCGUG